UCUGUGCUUCUGUUAUGUCUGCCAGUAUUUCAUUUAUUGGUCAGUUUAUGAAUCGGACCUAACUAUUUGCAGCUAAAUUUUUCAUCCUAGCUUCUCUGUAUUGUAAGUUGUAAUUAUAGGGCAUUCAUUCUUUUAGCACUGUAAUGUUUCUGAAUUAAAAGUAAAACGAUCACAAACUGGGGCAAAUGGGAAAAGUUCUUAUGACUAAAGUUUUUUUUCUAAUUUUUCUAGUUGGUUUCUGCAGCCUUUUAAUUGCUCAUUUUGUUUCCUUUUAUUAGGCUAUCUUGGUUUUAUUAUAGAUUAUACUGAUAAUAGAUUAUAAAGGGAACAUUAUAAGAAAAGUAAUUUCUUUAUUAUAUUUUUCUAGGUUUUUUUUUUAACUAGAUUUAUAAAAUGUAGAGAUGAAAAAGGCCUAUUUUAUCUAGUCCCGGCUGGCAAGUACAAGAUUAUUCCAUAUAUUGUGUUUUUUCUAAUGCUUUGCGUGGUCUGGUUUUAAACAGUUCACAUAGAACAGCUUUGAAAGAGUUAGUUUAAGCUAAGUGGCUUCAAAGCUCUCUACUCCAGUGAGAACACUGCUACUGGCCUGAGACCAAAUCCUAAAAGACGCUUUUUGUUGUGGCCCCCAAAUCCCAUUGACUGUUGAGAGUGUUCUGGAUUAUGCAGCACUGGGCUGCUAAAAUUGGAAUGGGGGGAACGGAGGACAACAUCAAGCAUUUGCACAGUGCUUUAGAUGCAAAGGUCUGUAACAAGCAAUAAUUAAUCCUUGUAUGAGGUAGGUCUGUAUUUGUUACCUUACAUUUUAGUACAGGGCAGACUGAGGCACAGAAGAGGUGGGUCGUACUGUUAGUGACUGGAAUAGAAAACGGACUCUGGGAGAUUCAGCUGUCUGUUUCUGGCUUGGUUUAGGGGGUAACACUUCAUCAACAAAUUAAAUAAUGAUAAUUUGAUACCACCAACAAAAAAUGUAUCAGUGUAAACUUUGACCCUGUUUAAAAUUCUUGUCCUCUGGCUAGAGCAUCACAUCCUCAGUGUAGGCUUGAGGGCAUUAGCUGUUGUUAGAAAUCCUUUAUAUUUAAAGUGUGAAUUUGAUAAAUGACACCUCUUAUAGUAAUACUUUCUAUCUUUGCAGGGACUAGCAUCGAACCUGUAGACUACAAACAGGCUUUAUAGCUUUAGAAGUCUGUAUGAAAUAGUAGCUGUUGUGAAGGUCUUUUGAAAUGGCUGAAUCAAAUUAAAGAAGACUUAAAGGAUACCUGUAUCCAUAUGGCCUUGGCAGAUGGCAGCAUUAUAUUCUUUUGAUCUCUGUGUUAACUUAAUGGAGUCUUUGCUCAGCCGUUAACUAGAGGCUUCAAGGGCCUGAUCCUAGGUAUUGUAACUCUUGUUGAAAUCUGUGGGAGUGGAAUGUGCUUAACAUCUUCUAGAAUUGGACCAUUAAUUUAGUUAACUGAUUCCUGUUUUCAUCAGCCUGACACAUUACAAUUCAUGUAUGUGGUGCUAAUCUUGCCAGACUUUUGGAGUUGUCCUCACUGGAAUUUUUUAAUUAACUAAGAGAAAAUCAGUCCUAAGGGAAAUGAUCAGAUUGUGAGACCCUGCACGUUGAUGUCAGAAGUGGACUCAGUUUUAAAUGAAAGUGGUUGGUAGUAGUAUUUGCCAAAGCUCAUCCCAUCAAGUUAUACAUACAGAUCUCCUUAAGACGCUUGAUCUUGGAGAGUCACGAUUGCUUGUAUAGCAAGAAUUGUCCUGCCUCAAAGGUGAGCUUUUGCCUUCCGCUGAAACAUUUUUUUUCCUAACAGGCAGAUGAUCAGUUGUAUUGAGAGAUUUGUACGAUUUGUACUUAGGCAGUUCAAACCUGUUUCCACAUUACAGGUUAAAUUUAACAUGGGCAUAUAUGAAAAAGCAAUGAGAAAUGACAGAAAAAAUAAUAAAGCUGUCCUUUCAAAAAAAAGAUACGAUUGUUUUCAUAACUAAUUUUAAUUUUUCAGUAUUCAAAUUGUUCAGGUUACAUAUGCAAGGCAAUAAGAAGGUACAAGUAACUUAUUGUUAAUGUAUGUAAAGUGCUAUUUUAUUAUUAUCAGAUACGUUUAGUUCAACUAGCAAAAUUGCUUUCAGCUAACGCUUCUACAGGAGGCUUUUAUUUUAUGUUACAGUGAAGUAGUUCCUAGACUGUAAGUACUGUAGGAGCUCCAUAGCAGUACAGUGUGAUAUGCCAGCAUGAGUUAAAUUAUACUGCUCUUAAAAUUAUAUAGGGCAGAGCCGUCCAACUUCUAAGGCCUUGGGGGCCACUCUCCUUGCAGGCUACACCAGGUAUGUCAUGUGGAUGCUCCCGCACACUGCACUGCACACCUACGUGGGCACCACCUCAUCCACUGAUGUACUAUGCAGGCAUAAUUCCCACUCGGGGCAUGUGGCCUCAAUUUCCACUGCUCCCCUUGGGCAUGGCCCCAGACUGACCCUCAGCUCUCUGUUGCCACACUGCCCUGCCCCCUGGGGCAAAUGCAGGAGGCAGCAGCUGGAGAGGGAGGGGAGAAUCUGAAGACUGGCUGCUAUUGUAGUUGGAGCAGCGGAGAGAGUGGUGGCCAGGUGAGAACCCAGGGACUGCAUAUUAAUCCCUUGUGGACUGCAUGCAGCCCGUGGGCCACCAGUUGCACAGCCCAAGUUUACGGGACGCAAAUACUACUGUGAUGGAUAUUGUAAGAUUGGGUGUGUGUGUGCAAGCGUACGUAUGUAUGUGUUAACAUGGAACCAAAUCCUGGACCCAUUAACAUCUGCGGCAAAGCUCCCACUGAUUUGAGAGAGACCAGGAUUUUGCUCUGUAAAGUUGACAAUAACUACUUAUCCAAACUGGCUGAGUGUCACAACUUUCUGUUGUACUGUUUUGUCCUGGAAUUGCAUUUUAAUACCUAUACUUAAAAGUGCCUGGGCAAAUUGCAAGUUGACCUUUUUCCCUAUCUUUUUAAAGCCAUUAACAAUGUGAAUCAUAAGCGUCACUCUUAAAUCCUUCAUGAAAUGUAAGCAGCAGGCCUGUUGAUUCUGUGCCUCUUUUUUUUUUCCCCCAGUCCCUAGUUUUCUUUAAACAUUUUUUUAAAAAACUAAAAGCCCAAGCUGAAAGAUGGAACAGAAUGUUUCGGAGAGAAAACCUGCCACCAACUCGACUGCAGACUUCGAUGUAAUGGGUGCCUUAGACUGGAAAGACGGCAUUGCUACCUUGCCAGGUAGCAACAUACAAUUCCGUUUAAGUGAGUUUGGAACACUAGAAAUCAUUACUGAAGUAGAAGCGGAAGCCAUAAAAUCUCUUUCUGUCCCGGCAAUAAAUACCAGCACAGCCGGCCUGAAUUCUGGCACUUGGACUCUUGCUGCUAUCAACACUACUGCUGUCUCUGGCACUAAUUCUGAAGCAGAACCCAGAGACAAAGUGUCUGGUACUGGCAUACAAGCCUGUGAAAACUGUGGGCAAAUGGACUGCUUUGAGACUGACAAGUUUUGCACCUGCUCCCAGCAGCAUAAGGACAAGAAUUCCAAAGACAUCCCAGCUGACUGCAGAAACCGAAUAAAUAACAGAAACCUUAAUGCCAGCACUGAUUCUCAGGUUAACGAGGCCGACAGACCUCUCAAGCGGCUCCGAAGAAAGAGAAAACUGCUUCUGGACUCUGAGGAUGAUGAUGAAAAUGUAGAUGAUGAGGAGGCAUACAAGGAGAAGAAUAAAUCAAAUAAUAUGAAAAACCGCAGAAACACCAAACCAGUAAAACAAGUUCUGCUUGGAAAGAAGAAGGUGUGGAACUGGGUUUCCUACUUAGAAGAGGAACAGAUGCCAGCUGCUCCAUUUAAAUUGUUCAAAGAGUAUCAAUCCUUCCCACAAGGUAGAAAUGGAUUUAAAGUUGGAAUGAAGUUAGAGGGCCUGGAUCCUGAACAUCCAUCUUUAUGUUGCGUUCUCACUGUGGCUGAGGUGCAGGGAUUUAGAAUGAGGUUACAUUUUGAUGGUUAUUCUGACUGCUAUGACUUCUGGAUUAAUGCUGAUUCCCCAGACAUCCACCCUGUCAGCUGGUGUGAAAAAACAGGUCACAAGCUGCUUCCCCCUAAAGGUUACAAGGAAGGGGAAUUUAAUUGGACUUCUUAUCUGAAGAAUUGUAAAGCUCAAGCAGCCCCCAAAAUCCUUUUCAAGACCCUCAGCACACCUGUCAUGCCAUCCGGAUUUCGGGUGGGAAUGAAGUUGGAAGCAGUGGACAGAAAGAAUCCAUCUUUGAUGUGCGUGGCAACCGUUGCUGAUAUGUUGGAUAACCGGCUGCUAAUUCAUUUUGACAACUGGGACGAGAGUUAUGACUACUGGUGUGAUGCUAGCAGCCCAUACAUUCGUCCUGUUGGUUACUGCCAAGAAACUGGAACCCCACUGACAACACCACCUGAAUAUAAGGAUUCCAAAAGCUUCUCGUGGGAGAAAUAUUUGGAAGAAACCAAUUCCCAGGCAGCCCCACCAAGAGCAUUUAAAUUGCAUCCUGCCCAUGGGUUUCAGGUUAAUAUGAAGUUAGAGGCUGUGGACAAGAGAAAUCCCAAGUUAAUAAGGGUGGCAACAAUUGUUGACAAGGAUGACCAUCGGAUCAAGGUCCAUUUUGAUGGGUGGGACCGUAACUAUGAUUUCUGGGUUGAUUCAGACAGCCCAGAUAUUCACCCAGUAGGCUGGUGUGCAAAAACUGGACAUGUUCUACAGGUUCCGCUAGGUGCUGCUGAUACAAUGGGAACAGUUGGGCAAGGGUGCCCUACCCCUGGCUGUCAGGGUAUUGGUCAUGUCAGAGGACCCCGCUAUGGAACACAUUAUACGCUAGUAGGCUGCCCAUAUUCUGAAGUUAACCUCAAUAGGGAGAGCUCAUUACAGGAUCGCCUGAGUGGGGAGAGGCCUUCAUCCAGCAAUAGCAUUCAGAAAUCCAAGAGACCAGAGACUCCUAUACCAUUCGUAGACCCUCAGGAAGACUCUCCGCUAUCCAGAAAAUCUUCUGUGCAAGAUGCUGAAAGAUCUGGUCGAAGCAGUGUCCAUAGUCUGUCGGAGCAGUCCGAAAACAGUCAGGCAAAAGACUGGAUGGAAGAGCAGUCGUCUGCAGAUACCAAAGUGAAACAAAUAAAGCUUGGUUCCCAGCAUGCCUAUAUAAAGUUCCAGCUGGUGAAGCAGGAAGACUAUGGAAAUGACACAGAAUUCACUCUGCAGCAGGCCCUCCAUCAGUCUGUCUUCAUGCCUUCCCUGUCCUCUAACCCGACCCACCGCCUCCAUCUCUGCUGGGAGCAGCAUUGCAAGCUGCUACCGGAGGUUUCAGGCCUUACUGCCAAGCAUGUGGCCAAAUGGACCGUGGAAGAGCUCUGGCAUAUACAGGAAAAUACUGGCUCAGCAAGAAGUUUUACACAGAUUCCUGAAAAAAAAUCUGUAUUAACCUUUUCCUGUCAAACCUGUGGGGCUUCCCUGAUUCCAGUUCUUUUUCUGGCCACCUGUAUUUGACCCUUGUAGUCUUAAAACACGAUGCUGGCAAUAAAUACUGGGUACCCCUGAUGGUUUUUCUACCCUGACUUUGGUGGUGCUUCACUUUUACAAUGCAGGCAGUAGCAAAAUUAUAUGCGUGGCUUCCUUCUUCCUCUUCCUGUCUGUUUCACACACAAAACAAAACCGUCCACAGUAUA